AUGCCGACCGGACGAUCGCCACCGCGUGCGGCAGGUAGCGCGGAAUAUAAUCGCCCUGAAGAACCCGCACGGGAAGAUGCACCAAUUGGUGCAGGCGAAACGCGCCACGUGCCACGCCGACCGUUCACGCCGACAUGGCCAGCAGCUGAGCAGGCAUACCCCGGCGAAGCCGCACUCCUGACGACGCGCCAUAUUAAGUUACCGCAGCCAUUCUGGAAAGAAAUGCCCGCUCAUUGGUUUCAGGUAGCCGAAGCCACCUUCGCACUUCAGAAAAUAGCGAGCGAUGAAACCAAAUACAGGUACGUGAUGACCAAUUUGGAUCCGUCGGUCAUACCGUUCGUCGCAGAUUUAGUUGCGAACCCGCCGCAGGUUAAUAAAUAUGAAGAAUUAAAAGCGCGCAUAAUUAAUUCGUUUGAGGAGACGCAAGAGUCAAAGCUACGGAAACUUUUACGCGGACAAGAGAUCGCCGACAAGAGACAGUCGCAUUUUUUACAACGCCUCCGACGUCUCGCGGGAGGCCAGUGCACAGAUUCAAUUAUCCGCAACCUCUUUUUAGAUCAAUUGCCGGAAGCCGCGCGUGGAAUUUUAGCCGUUAGUUCCGUAGACGAUCUCAAUAACCUUGCAUUGAUGGCCGACAAGGUCGUCGAUAUUAUUAAACCAUCCGCGAUACAAACAGUGAAAACGACCGCUGUCGCUCAAGAUCAACCGGUAUCGACACAAAUACGCGAGUUGCGCGAAAUGGUUGAAAGGCUAACACUUGAAAUGCGCCAAGGACGCUCUCGUAGAAGAAAUACAUACCGUAACUACCGCGGCCAAUCGAAUUCAAGGAGUAAUUCUAGGUCGAGAAGUUAUCGAAAUACAGACAACUAUAAUCGUAACUAUUGUUAUUAUCAUAAUAAAUUUAAGGACAACGCUACUAAGUGCGCGAAACCGUGCACAAACCAGCUAUUACGCAGCCGGAAAACUAAAUGCCCGGACGCGAACGGAGGUAAACGCGCUCGCGGGCAGCACUAA